AUCCUUUGUCUUACACCCCCAUCUCGUCUCUAGACCGGCUCCGGAGGGUCGUCAACCUACCUCACAGUUCUCUAAUCCGGUACAAUACACUAUGGAGUUCAAUUUUAACGAAUAUUUGAACGAUUUGGCGGGGCCAGUGCUUCCGCCCAAGCGGGAGCGGACGGAAAAGAAGGAGCCCAUCUUCAAAAUCAUGCCGUUUGCCUUUUCCAUGGGCUCGAUGCAGCGCAACGUGUUCUUUGAGCACUACCGCAACGACAGCCUGGAGCGGUCCUUUCUGACGCUGGGAACAUCAUACCAGGACGAACAGGCAUGUCCUCUCGCUUUUGCCGACUACCGCGACUAUGAGGAAGAUGAUGACCCCUGGCCAACUCUCCAUGGCACCUGUGCCAUCGACGAUGUCGAGUUCGUGCAUCUCGAAAAGUCCAUAGACGGCCGCUUCCUCGAGGGGCGGCUAAUUUUCACCCUUCGUCGGCCGCCGCAACUCGACGUGGAUACGCGACGCCACCCUUCGCGGCCAGAAGGAAUAAGGAGGGCCACUGAACUCGAUUGGUCCCCCGACGGUGCACAGGAACUCUACAGUGGAGCACCAAGUACAAUGCCUCGCGGAUGGCAUGUCCGGGCGCCCAUGAAAUUCGGUCUUUGGCUGACGUAUAGCUUCUCGUUUGGCUGUCGUCGCGAAGACUACGACCGCGUCGUAAACGCCCUGUCUCGCCUCCGCACUCUCCGCCGGCCGGGGAUGGAGGAGAUAGCAGUUAUCAGUGCCGACAUCCAUCCUGUUUCGCGAAAAAUCAAGAUCGAAAGUGCGAAACCUGGACGAGCCAACAUGAUGGUAGGGGAGCAACGCGACUUUCCUGACCUUGAAGACAUGAUGAAUCGUGCGAACCGCAAGUGCUCCUUUGAGGUGCAGUAUCUCAUCCUCGGUCUCGUCUCUCACGGUCUUAUUCUACCUAUUGAAGUCGGUGACCUACUUCACUACUUGCUUGUCCUGCAGCAUCCUGCUGCCGCGCUUCGAAGCCUAUUCCGUCUUCCGCGAAGAGCCCUCGCUGGGACGGACGCCAUCAAGCAGCAAGUCCGCAACGUCUCCCGCGCCUCUCCGCUUCGGAUCCCAAAAGACAGGGUAGCCAUGCGCCGCGCGGUCAUAACACCCACCCGAGUAUUACUCUUUCCAGAGGUCAUCGAGAUGGGAAACCGGGUCGUCCGGGCGUGGCCGAAGCAGAUGGAGGAAGGCCGCUUUAUCCGUGUCGGGUUCGCAGACGAAGACGGUCGGUUACGCGUAAAUAAGAAGAUAUUGGAUGGGGAUUACAACGACCCGGAAGGGGGUAUCCUCGCUCGCAUCCGGAAUGUCCUUCGAAAUGGGGUCUACAUCGCUGGUCGACAUUUCGUCUUCCUGGCCGCUGGUGAAUCACAGCUCAAGGACCACUCCUGCUGGAUGGUAUGUGAGGACGGCGACUUUACGGCGAACCGCAUUCGUGCCCUUAUGGGCGACUUUUCGAAGGAGAAAGUUGUGGCCAAAUACGCCGCACGUAUGGGCCUCUGCCUUAGUGCCACUUGUCCAGUCGAUGAGCUCGAGGAGGAUGACAUCGACCUGAUUGAGGAUGUGCAGCACGGAAAGUAG